AUGACCUCCAUCAAUAUGGCUCAACAAAUGGUGGACAUUUUCGGCAGUCUUCGCGAGUCGGAUGCCUGCGACUACACAAUGAUUGUGCAUGAAUAUUUUGUAAUGCCACAACUUCCUCGGGUGGCCUACGUUGUGCAUGAUGACCACAUGCACAUUGUCUUCUCGUCAUCUCCUACGAAUUCAACUAGGAGAGCAAGAAGACUGUUGGAAGAAAUGCAGGUUCCAGCAGAACAGUGGGCCUCCUGCAUCCGGACUAAACAGUUAGUCCGGAAUAUUUCUGCUCUCUUCCGCUACAUGAAUGGAAGAGGCACAGUUGUACGUACAUGUACGUACUAUGAUAGGGCCGUUACUUGA